CGUUCAGCCAUAACUGAUUUAUAGCAAUGGUUUACAUCUUUCGUUCUUGACUGUAAAACUUAAACUUAAGGCUAUAAGACUCUCAAGUGUUCUGUGUUAUGUAAUGCAAAAUGAGGGCUAAUGUGUUACUUGAAUAUUCCUUCUUGAUCAUAAUUUUCAACAUAUCGAUAUCGAAGGGACAGCGUGGCUGUUACUUCUCGAUACUGGACAGGUCAAGAUUGGACACUUGCGUUGACGAAUGGGGCGGCGUCAUCACAGACCGCUCGCAGCUUAAGGCAGGGCAUGCCACCAUAUGUACCUACAGCAGCUGUGACACCCUGCGACAUAUUGUGUGCACAGACGGUAGUUGGAUUGCAGAUGUCAAUCAGGACGAUGAGCUUGAAAUUUGUGAUGAAUCAAUUCUACCGACGAACAAAAAGAAACGAAUGAAAAGAUGGUUAUGGGGAGAUGAUCCGACACAACCGCCACCACCGCCACCUCCAACUUGCGGAUGGCCUGGUGCUGUUCGCGGUGCAUCAGUAAAUGUGGGGACAACACUGGUGGGUGGAACCGCAAUAUUCACGUGCGAUCCUGGUUACGAGCACACUGCGGGUGACCUCACACGGACGUGUCAGUCCGAAUUAACAUGGAGCGGGACGGAACCUGUUUGCACGUAUAUGAACUCAUGCAGUAGCUUUCCUUGUAAGAAUGAAGGCACGUGCACAAACAUUCCUGAAAGUUACACCUGUACGUGUCAAGAAAUCUGGGAAGGAACCAAUUGCGAUCAAGAGGCGUUGGUUUGCGCACACAACCCAUGUGUAAACCACGUGCGAUGCGAAGAUGGUGAAACAAUCUACACGUGCAUCUGUACGCCUGGAUGGAGCGGCCUUAUCUGUAACAUCCCGGUGAAUUGUGGAGAGCCAACGCCCGGUUCAAACGGUGAUGUAACCGCGUCUCAUACUACGCUAGGAGGGACUGCGUUAUAUUCUUGUCACAAGGGAUACAACGCGACAUCAGGCAAUAAAGAUCGUGUAUGCCAGAGCAAUGGCGCCUGGAGUGGCGAACCUCUAGUCUGCAAAUAUGCUGUGAGUUGUCAAAGUUCUCCGUGCAUCAACCAGGGAACGUGUACAAAUCUCAUCGCAGACUUUCACUGCGCUUGCUUACAAGGAUGGUCGGGAAAAACCUGUGAUAAAGAUGUUCACCCACCUGUUGUUACCAAGUGCCCAUCUGAUAUCCAAGUGAACGCAACAGAAAAGACUCAUCUUGUUUCGUGGACCAAGCCGAUUUUUAGCGACCCCAUGGGAACAGAAUUGCUGCUGUUAUCAAACUAUGAGACUCCCAGCUACACAUUUCCUUGGGGCGACUUCACAAUCCAGUACUCUGCCACGAAGGUUAAAAACGGACUUGUAACCGAGUGUGUCUUCAACAUCUCAGUAAAACCAACACCGUGUGAUCCACUUCCAGUACCUAAACACGGGGCAAUUCUCUGUAACGAUUGGAGCACAGACUACGGACAAGUUUGCUUGCUUGUCUGCAUGCGGACUUAUUCCCCAAGUCCCCCAGGAAAACUGGGCUCUUGGAUGAUAUGCGGGGACGAUGGAAGAUGGUCUCAAACGCCGUCCGACUGCGGAAUGCACAUGGCAAACGCAUCGAAUCUAUUGGUUUAUCACGCAAACUAUGAGAGAUUUGUCUACGAAAUCUGCACGGACUACUUGCGUUUCAAAGACAUAUUUCUGUCUGAUAUGUACAAACACCCUGAUGUGUCCGAAUUCUGCCAACUUUACCCGGGUUGUGAGGACACCUCAUCCGUACGAGUGUACUGCGAAGAAUAAAUGGCGCCUCGUUCGCAUUAAUUUGUAGACUUUUGAAGUAUGCAGCUCCUCGACCUGACUGUUUGAUCUAAGUAAAACGUUAACAAUAUACCUAUAUAUUUAAACAAAAAAGUGUAUUUAAAUGGGUUUGCUUUUUAAAUGAGUGAUAUAUUGAUGUGAUAUGUAUUAACACAACUGAAUGUAAGGCAUUUCUACUAAUUUCAUAUAUUCCGUGUAUUAUUAUUACAUAUUCUUAUAUGGAGGCAAGAAAUAUCAAUAUAUCUUAUAAUCUUCUUUUUAUGCAAACACAGCGAAAAAAGUUCCAGUGUAAUAGUUAUGAUCUUUAAAUGUUUAACCAAAGGAGUACAUUGAGAUCAUGAACGGGAGACCAGUGACAUAUGUAUUUCGUUAUAACAAUAAACCGAUGUAUUAUUCAUGAA